AAAUGUACAGUAAAAGUAAAUAAAUUUCUAGAGAGAGAAAGAGAGAGAGUAUUUCAGAAACCUCACUGCUUCGCUGAUUUUGAGGCAUGCAAGAGAGAAAGAGAGAGAGAAACAAGAGAGAGAAGAGUCGUACUGCACAAGUUUCACACAUCUAGUCAUUUCUUUUUACUGCAUUUGCCUCUCUUCUCUUCAAAACCAUUUCUCUUCAACUUUCCAAACCACACACAAACAACCCAGGUGUGUUGAGAGAAUGCUGAGGAAGAGAAGCAGGUCAAUCCAAAAGGAUCAACACAACAUGGGUCAUGUGACAAAUACUGAUGGUGUUAAUUCUGAUAACUAUUCUCAAUCUCAUGCUUUAGGGAGAAAUAUUAAAGGAAAUUCAAUUUUUAAUGUUCCUUGUUUGUUUGUGGGUUUAGGUCCUAAAGGGUUGUUGGAUUCUGAUUCAGUUAGAAGUCCAACUUCUCCUUUAGAUACUAAAGUUCUUUCAAAUUUAGGUAACCCUGUUAUUAGGAACCAAAAAUCAUCACUUUUUGAGGGGAAUCAAAGGAGUUGGGAUUGUUGCAAAGUUGGUUUAGGUAUUGUUGAAUCUUUGGAAGAUUGUGACUGUUCUAGGAUUUGUGGCAAAAUUCUUCAAUCACCUGAGAGUAAGAGCAUUAGUCUUAGUUCUCAAAUGAUGAUAAAAAACCUAAUUUGUCAAACUUGUUUGGAUUCUUUUGAGUCAUCUAAGUCUUUGCCUAAGGAAUUUUGUAAGGUUGUGCCUGAUACUCAAAAUGGAUCUGUUAUCCAUAAUGGUGAAUCCAAUGUCCUUUUUGAGAUUGGAGAAACUAGCCUAGAGCGUGAUGAAUCAUUUGGGAGAACCAGGUCCUUUUCAUUGGAAUCAUGCAAUCCUUUGAAAGUUAACUCUGGAUUAUCUACUUCCAAAACUGAUUCACACAUUGAUGAUUUUGCUGUGAAAGAUGUAAGAUUUCAAGAUAGCUCACCUCCUCAUUUUAUUGGAGGAAGCCAGAACUCAAAUAUUUCCCCACCGUCUGAGUUGAAAUCGAACGGUGUUUUGAUAUGCUCUUCCAAUGAAAUUUUGAAGUCUCUAUCAGCUAGUGAGAUUGAGCUUUCUGAGGAUUAUACAUGUGUGAUUUCACAUGGUCCUAAUCCAAAAACAACUCAUAUUUUUGGUGAUUGUAUCUUGGAAACUCACCCUGAUGUAUUUGUUAAAAACCAUUUUAAGAAUGAAGAGAAUGAGAAGGAGAAGGAGAAGGAGAAGGAGAAUGGAGUGACCCUGAUUGGUAACAACAGGUUACAGAUUCCUAACCAAUAUCCUUCUAGUGCCUUCUUAAGUUUCUGCCACCAUUGCAACAAGAAACUCGAUGAGGGGAAGGACAUUUAUAUCUAUAGAGGUGAAAAAGCAUUUUGCAGUUUAACUUGCCGUGCAAUGGAGAUUAUGAUUGAUGAGGAACGAGAGAAGUCCAACACUCAUUGUGAUGAGAACUCUCCAAAGCCAAAACUCGGUGAGCAAAUUUUUGAAACAGGAAUCCCAACCACAACUACAUAAGAGGCUUAACCAUGAAAAAGGGUAGACGCAAUUGAUCAUCUGUUCAUAAUUGAGCUGUGUUUUAUGUGCAUCUAUUAGCAGCCAUUGGAUGAUCGUUUUGUACAUCAUUGCGUUUGCCUAAACUAUAAUUUAUGGUUUUUGGUGGAUUUAUUAUAAUUUAUGGCUCUUAUGAAGCUGGUUUUGUUUCCUAUAUAUAUAUAUAUAGAGGCAUAAAUGUUGUCAAACUAUUGAUAGCUUGUAGAAAUUAAAGGGUUGAAGCCUAUUUUUAUGGCUUCCUCUUUUGAAAUUUUCUGUCUUUAUUAUUAUCUCUAUAUUAUAUCUAUAUAUAUGUCAAUGUUACUGUGGUAGUUUAUA